ACAAAUUCGGCAUGUCGCGCUCUUGUCGCCAGCUUGCAGUUUGGCGUCUACCGUUCGCGCGGCUAGUCAGCAGAAGCUCGGAGACGAACGACAGCGAGCGGAACUUUAAUGCGAGAGGAAGACCUCGCGAACAUUCCUCUAAUUAUGUGCAGUCUCCAGGACGGCAGAAAGCGGCAGCAACAAUUCGUCAUCUGAAUGAAGAGUGGAGAAAUGUGUGGCCUCUACCUCGCUCCUAUGAUCAUCAAAUUGUUCACCUCCCUCUUCGUAUGGGGCGAGCCAACAUUCCGGGCAUGAUGCCACCUCGAGCUUUCAAUAACGCAGAACUAAUCAAAAUUCCAAACUUUUUUCAUCUAACUCCUUCUCACAUCGAGAAACAUUGCAAAGCUUUGAGAGGCUUGUUGAAACCAUUCCCAAAACGAGUCGACAAAGAUCGAAUACUACGAAUACAUACACAGAACUACAUCUAUCCAGGAUCAACAGUUAGACAUCCAGGAGCGAGGAAAGUUAGACUAAAGGUGUAUGUGAAAGAUCUGGGCUUGGAUGAGACAGCAACAAAGAAAUUGAUUUUGUUGGCGGGAUCUCGAUACAACAAGGAGAAAGACGAACUGACAUUAAUCGGCGACAGUUGUCCGACGAAACGGCAGAACAAAGACCACGUGAUGUAUCUACUAACCGUCUUGUGCCAUGAAGCUUGUAAAGGAGAGAAACGAGAGAGCGAAGACGAAAGAGCAGGCAACAAAAUGGUACAGCUGUAGGCAGUAAUGAAUUGAGACUGUUAAUAUAUGAUGAUGUGAAAUCUAACUUUGAAAAUAAUGUGUAUAGUAGAACGUUUGUAAGUGAUCUGACAUUUAGUUGAGUUCUUGUGUUGCAAUUGUAUCAAUUGGUUUUCGUAUGUUGUUUAAUCCGACUCUAGCGGUCAACAGUCAGUGUGCUAUGUGAUAAGGUUGAU